AUGACACCACCUGCUGCGGUGAACGCGGGCACUGCACAGGGGGACGAUGCCGGUGUUGUCUCGGUCUCAGCACUGGCUGACCCAGACCUCGAGGUGGGAAGAGAACAUCCAGAGCCAGGAGGAAGGAAGGGACGGGCCCGGUGUCCCCCUGUGGUGCUGUCAGGAAGGUUGUUUUAUUUCCUGCUGCGAUGGAUCCAGAGGUCCGUCACCAUCGAGCCGCACACCCGGCACCCCGCGGCCCUGCCCGACGCCGGGGGUGGAAGCUCCCGGACGGAAGUCGACAAUGGUACGGCUGCGGUGACGGAGCAGCGGAAGCUCUUUCAUCUGUCUUUGACCAGAAAACCAGGGGAGAGCGCGAACGCAGUCCCCCACUACCACAAAUUAUGCAGUCGAGUUUCCCGCAUUUGGGGAAAUCGCAGGGGUCAGCACACCCGGAGUGCAGGGGAUGAGCCUCGCCCUGGGAAAACCACCUGCCUGAUCAUGGUGUCUCCCCUGCCAGGUAAGUAUGACUCCGCCCCGCACACAACGCCCCCCGCACCACGCCGCACGCACACACACCGCACGACGACAACCCCCGCCACACCCCGUGCCCCCCCGCACCACGCCGCCUCUCGCGCCCCCAACCUCGGCCCGGGCCUGACCCGCGCAGCGCCCGCCUUCCCCCGCGGACGGCGGCGGCGCGGCGGGAACGGCUCCCGUCAUGCGUGGCGGCGGCAUCUCAUCUGCAUGGACACGCCCCCUCCGGAAAGGCCCCGCCCCAUCCCGGCCAUGCCGGGGACCCGAGGGGUGGACGUUUCCCGCGGUCCCCACCCGGGGCGGUGCCGCUGGUUUCCCCCGUCCCGGCAGCGCGGGCUCCGCCGCCGGCCCCGCGCGGUGCGGGCUCUGCGGGCGCGGCGGGGCCGGGCAGCGGCUGCGCGUUUGCCGCGAGCCGGCGGGAGCGGGGAUCGAACCGUUAACAGCGAGGGCGGGCGGGGCGGGGCCUUGCUGGAAGAGGGCGUGUCCAUGCAGAUGAGAUGCCGCCGCCACGCAUGA